AAUAUAGCGCCGUUUCACCCAUUCCUACGCACAGUUUGGUUUUGGUCAUCACCUAUCGCCUCCUCUAUUUUGGUUUGGUUGAAGCCACCAUUGCUAUCCUGCGCUUUUGCUGUCGUCGACUACGCGCGACUUGCACAUGACGUGGCAGAUACAGACCCAGCCGUGGUUAGAACCGUUUAUGCUCGCUAUUAUGGAGUGCCAAGUUCCGCCUGUGUGACGGAUGACUUUUGCGGUGACUGUGUUCUGCCACCUUGAAUGCUGUAUCAUACGAUGACGCCACAGUUGUCUGGUUCUGACUGCUUUGAAGGAGCGGAUCCCUGCAUCUCUCCUUACCAGUUCUGUUCUUUCUCAUUGCUGGGGUGAUGUUGCCUCAAAGGGAAGAAAGGUGCAGAACUAUCAUCUGCAGUAAGCAGUUGCUACAGCGACCUCCUUGGACACAACUGUUUUAGAGAGAGGUGCAGCUAAUUCAUCAGCAUCUUAGAAGUGUGGCAAGCAGCUCAAGAUGAUGAGAGCAGCAUGUGUGCUUGGAGGAGGAAGGUGGCAUUGUGAUGAAGAAACUGUGAAGAUGGCACAACGGAUGCAAGCUCUGGUUAGAUCGAGGUAGCAGGAUAUGACCUUGGGGCGCCUGUUUCUAGUCUAAUUAUUACCAGCACAGCCAGUGUGGAAGAGUGAACGUCGAGAGCACUGUCCGAGUUUCCAGUUGGAGGUGCCAGAAGCCAGGAGAACAAUGACUGAGAAGAAGCAGGUUCAUCUUCUGUCAAGUUUUCGCAGGUUGGCGCCUGAGUUGGCAAGACAUUGCACAGUUACGAGCGGGAGGCCAUGCCGCAUCAUAAAGUACCUCCCCUGCGUGAAUGCACUGUUGAACAAAUUGAAUGCCGAAGUGAAGGAGGUCACGCCCGGCAGGCUCUUUCUGUGCCAGGCGAUGGGCAUUGGCAGCAGUGUGAAAGAUUUUGAGGAUGUGCCUGCAGAGGAAGGUGUUAUCUUCCUCUAUUGCCUGCUGCGGAACCACCACUGCAUAGAAGCUGUUGAGCUCAAGCCUCAUUUGAGACGCAAGUCGGCACUGGUCAUCUGCGAUGCCCUGUGUUACAACCAGUCCCUGACCUGCCUACGGGUGCACCAUGCGUCCCUGAGCUACAAGGCCACAUUAUCUCUGUUCACCGCUGUGCAUGACUUGCUGAAAAUGCAGCUGCGUGAGCUGUCUCUGGAGAAACUCAAUAUUUCAUUUACGCCGGAGCCAUUAGAGGACCUCAUGUCGAAGCCACCAGAAGAGUUUAUGUUGGAGCCACCACAGGAAUUCAUGUCGGAGCCACCACGGAGCUUCAUGUCAGAGCCACCAGACUACUACAUGUCGGAGCCAUCCGAGGACAUCAUGCCGCAGGCACUAGAGGACUUCAAACAGGCACUUUCCAGUACGCAGACCCUCACAAAACUGACGCUCCUGAACGUGCGCGAACGUAUCCCUUCUGCAAGGACAAACGUUUUGACUGCAGCUCUGACUGGUCUACAGGCCAAUAAGAGUGUCACCAGCCUGAAAGUGGACACUAGUUACUGCGAUGGAAUGACGGCAAUGAGGAAUUUUCUCGACAGCACACGGACCCUAGCCGAGCUACACGUCUACUGCAGUUCCGAGUACGACUCUGCGUGCGCGGACUUGCUCUUCAAUGCACUGGAAACCAACAACUCUGUGAAGAGGCUCACUCUCCGCAAAUUUGCCAUGAAGGAUAUGUGGUCGUUCACGGAUCUCUUGGAUGUCAACAAAAACCUGGAGGAUGUGAGCUUCUACGCCUGUCCCCGCACUGAAAAGGAGAUCCAAGGUGACCUGAAGACACUUGACACUUAUCAGGGGCCCGAAGGUUGCAUGAACGCUGUGGUCAAGGCGCUUAAGAGGGGGACGUCGCUGCGCCGCUUGACCCUGGACUGGCCAUGCACACCCCACAUGGUUUAUUGUCUCCUGGCGGCGUCCAAGAACUCCCCAUCAUUUACAGAGCUGCACUUGGGCGAUGUCAUCGUCGACGAUGCAGAUUUCUUGCGUGGGGUGUUCAUCUACACUCGAGCAGACGUCGUCGUGACCGCAGCGAGGUGCAUGUCUAGCAAUGGAACCAUGAAUAAACUAAUUCCUCUAUGGGAGCCUGGAGACACAGCGAGCUUUGUCGACUGCCUGUACAAUGUCAACCUGAUGGACGUUGGCCGUGCGUUGUCCUCGGACGAGGGGGACUACGUUACCUCGCUCAGCCUCCAGGUCGGCGAGAAUUCCAGCUCGGUUGCAGUUCAUGCACUGUCACUCUACCUGACCUCCACACCCAAGCUACGAGAGCUGCAACUGCGGCUGGGCCCUAUACCACGAGACUUGCAGCUAGUGCUCCUCUCAGCCUUUCAAAAGAAUGUCAGCAUAGAGCGUCUCUCCAUUUUCGGGACUGAGGACCUUUGCAUCCCUGAGGAUAUACAGAACACGUUGUUCACCUGGAUGGCGAAUAGUAAGCGGCUCUACAGCAUCAAUGUGGAUUUGCACAAAUACGACACUACGCAUCUGCUGGGGGUACUUGCUGCAUCAGAGGGCCAAAACUACGUCCUCACAUCUCUGACCUUUAAGCAAUGUUGGGCGGAUGAGUCGGUCCUCGAGACCACCUUCGAAAUGGUCCGUCGCAAUCGUGAGCUUCUGCGGUUUGCUGCCGCAUUCGUUCAUGGGGCGGCGGACAAGCGCGCACUACACGCCUACGAUUCCGUCUACUGGCACCCUCAGCUUCCAGAAGUUGUGCAGAGCAUGGGGUGCAGCGAUCGAGCUAUGGCCAAACAGAUGAUCCAUGAGGCUGCCAUGCCACGUCGAACAGAUGCCGUGGCAAGUUCAGCUGGCAGACCUUGGUAAAGACACCCUGGACCGCAUCGCCUCCUUCCUGAAAGUGGACGAUGUUGUGAGUGACGACGAGUCAGAAGACGCCAUGUCGCAAUAUCCCCCCAUUGAGUAUGAGAGAGCUGGCUGUGGAGAUCGCACACAUAGGAGGACAUUUGUUUUGUGGGAGGCAUCUUGUGCAGUGUACAAAAUAAAUUACUAAAUUGUUGUAAA